AGCAAAUGGACAGAACCUUAGGGAAGGAUUGGACUCCUGCCAGAGCCCCUGCUGAAAACUGAAGAAGUCCUGAAGAUUGAUGGAGGGCCAUGCUAUUCAAACAGCAGGCGUUGCUGAGACAGAAGCUCUUUGUGCUAGGCAGCCUUGCUAUUGGAAGUCUCCUAUAUCUAGUUGCCAGAGUUGGGAGCUUGGAUAGGCUGCAGCCCAUUUGUCCCAUUGAUGGUCGAUUUCGACCCCAUGGCCAAGACGAGAUCCCACUCCGAACUCUGCAGUUCAAGCGUGGGCUGCUACAUGAGUUCCGUAAGGGCAACGCCACUAAAGAGCAAAUCCAACUUCACAAUUUGGUUCAGCAGCUCCCUAAGGCCAUUAUAAUUGGGGUAAGGAAAGGAGGCACCCGUGCACUGCUUGAGAUGCUGAACCUCCAUCCUGCAGUGGUCAAAGCUUCUCAAGAAAUUCACUUCUUUGAUAACGAUGAGAACUAUGCCAAGGGUAUUGAAUGGUACAGGAAAAAAAUGCCUUUUUCUUACCCUCAUCAAAUAACAAUUGAGAAAAGCCCUGCAUAUUUUAUCACAGAGGAGGUACCUGAAAGGAUUUAUAAAAUGAACUCAUCCAUCAAAUUACUGAUCAUUGUCAGGGAACCCACAACAAGAGCUAUUUCUGAUUACACUCAGGUGCUGGAGGGGAAGGAAAGAAAGAAUAAAACCUACUACAAAUUUGAGAAGCUGGCUAUUGAUCCUAAUACCUGCGAAGUGAACACUAAGUAUAAGGCAGUGAGAACCAGCAUCUACACAAAACAUCUGGAGAGAUGGUUAAAAUACUUUCCAAUCGAGCAGUUUCAUAUUGUAGAUGGAGAUCGGCUCAUUACAGAACCACUGCCAGAACUGCAGCUGGUGGAGAAGUUCCUAAAUCUUCCUCCAAGGAUAAGUCAGUACAAUUUAUACUUCAAUGCCACCAGAGGGUUUUACUGCUUGCGAUUUAACAUUGUCUUUAACAAGUGCCUGGCGGGUAGCAAGGGACGCAUUCAUCCAGAGGUGGAUUCCUCUGUUAUUACCAAAUUGCGCAAAUUCUUUCACCCUUUUAAUCAAAAAUUUUACCAGAUCACUGGGAGGACAUUUAACUGGCCCUAAACUAAAUUUCAUACAACACUAUGUGUUGCACCUGGAGACAAGCAGCCAUGUCUCUUCUAGAGUAAAAAUAUGCACUUUUCAUAGACACAACUAUCAAACUAACUUUUUUCAUGCAUACGUGUACAUAUGCAGUGUGUGACCAAAUAUAAGGUGGGAUCAAUUUUUCUACAGAGUAGUAACUAACAUAACUUUACUCUCUACAUAGUUGCAUCAUUUUAAGCUAUACAAAUAAAGGACAAGAUAGUAUUUAGGGGAUUAAAUUCAGAUACUGUGCAAAAGGGUCAGUGUUCCUCUUGUUCAAUAAAAUUUCUUAUGUGACACAUUUAUAGACCCAGACAGAACGUUAGUUUAGAACAUGCAAAUUCACCUUGCAAUUGUGUGUAGCUGGGAGGGUAUAUUGGAAAGUAUAACAUUCAGGCUAUAUUAAGUAUGCACCUUGCUAAAGGAAUACUGACACUUUAAAUACAAUGAUGAAUUGUUGCAGUGAAACUGGAUAAUACUAUUUUCUUAUUAUUUGAAAAGAAUAUCCUAUCUUGUACAAACAACAUUGGUUCAAAGUUUCUGUAGUGAGUUUGCACUAUUGUUUUAUUGUAUGGACCAUGGUGUCACUUGUAGCAUGUCAAUCAUGUGUCAAAAAAAAUCAAAUAAUUUUUUCUUCUAUGCUUGUGUGUCAACAAAAAGAAACAUCAUGUAUAUAGUGUAUAUUGUUUGUAAAUACUGGUUUCACACUAAGUAAUUCUAUUUUGUAAACUGAAUAUGGCUAUUUAAUUUAUUGUGAAAAUUAAAUUUAUU